AUGACGUCCGCCGCUUCGAACCCUAACCAGGCCAACCAGCCGACCCUUCACAUCAACAGUGCAGCCUCCCCGCCUAGCAAGCGCGAUCUCAAAUCAUGGUGGAAGGGCUUCAAGCUGCCUUCAAAGCAUCAAGAACCUCAGGAAACCCGACCACAAGGCAUCUUUGGUGUGCCUCUACGACAAAGUAUAACAUACGCCAAUGUUGCGAUCUCACUCAUCGAUGAAAAGGGACAAAGCUACAUCUACGGCUAUGUUCCCAUCGUCGUCGCAAAGUGCGGCGUCUUCCUCAAAGAAAAAGCUACCCAUAUCGAAGGAAUUUUCCGUCUUAGCGGCUCGGAAAAGAGGAUAAAGGAGCUCAAGACCAUAUUCGACUCGCCCGACAGAUACGGAAAGGGUCUCGUCUGGGAAGGAUACACAGUACACGACGCUGCCAACGUUUUGCGGCGAUACCUUAAUGACCUUCCCGAGCCUGUCGUUCCCCUCGAUCUCUACGAGAAGUUCCGCGAUCCCCUCCGAGGCGCAACCAAGCAGGCUGUAGGUGACGCAGAGGGUCCUCAGUUCGUGGAGAACUUCAACGAGAAAGCCGCCAUCAUACAGUAUCAGCAGCUCAUCACUGAGCUGCCCCCUCUGAAUCGACAGCUGCUGCUCUACAUUCUUGACCUUCUCGCAGUAUUUGCUGCCAAAGCAGAUGAGAACCGAAUGAACUCACAGAACUUGGCUGCCAUUUUCCAACCAGGCAUGCUUUCUCACCCAGCACACGCCAUGGCUCCCGAGGAAUACCGGCUGAACCAAUGCGUUAUCAUCUUUCUGAUUGAAAACCAAGAUCAUUUCCUCAUUGGCAUGCAAGGCACUGCUGCUGACGAAAAGACCAAGAAGGAAGUGGAGUCCGGCAGCACUCCUAGCGGUCCUCUCACCCCGCAACCCGCUAGACAGACAAGUUUGGGCCGAUCAGCAUCCAACGCGAGCGCCGGUGCCAAUAGCGUGCGACGAGACGGCAAGCUUCGCAGGAACCGAUCCGUGUCGUCACGAAACUCCAGAAAUGACGGAAGCUCGACACCGAACAGCCCAGCCUUGACAGCAACGCCAACGACAGGUGGUUUGGCUAGGAGCAAUACGGUGCCAUCCAAGAAAUCACCUGCUAUUGGCGCUGGACGCUUUCAGCGAACCGAUGGCGCAAGCCCUCGUUCCGGUGCUCACCUUGAGCCUUUGACUCAGGUCAAUCCCACAGAGAGCGUGGCAGAAUCUCCCCAAUCAACACGUUCGUCAGAAUUUGCUCAUGGUGGCUAUGCUACUCCAAGCAAAGCCCCAGUAACAGGACGAAGUCACGAGAGGCUUCUUGAAGUGCCGCAAGAGUCUCCCACUCAGCGGAACCUUACAAACAUUUUUCGUUCAAUUCCGAACACCGAUACUGGAGAUAAGAGGCAACCUAACAAGCUGAAGAAGAAAAGAAUACCUGGCAGCUUGAACCCAAGUGCACAAAGCUCUGUUGCCUCGUUGACAUACCAACAUGGAACAUCAACAUCCCCGGGACACGAGCUUCCCAACCCUAUGGACCAUCAACAGCAUUACGACCCGGAACCACAGAUCAUGCAGCAGCAGCCCACUCCCAUCCUAGAAGACAGACAUCAAGAAGCGUUGGAACAACAUCAAAACGAGCAGCAGUUACAAGAGGGGCUACAUGCGCAAAAUGCUCACGAUCCUCAACUCGUAGCUGCUCCUUUGACGCAGCAGAAGAGCGAUGUAUCAUCGGAACAUACUCCACGAGUAUCCCAAGCGUCAUCGAACCAAAGCCUGCAUCCAGAUAACACAUUGAAGUCGAAGAAAUCACCGCCGACAUCUUUGCAUUCAUCUUUUAACGAAGGAUCGGACUUGGAUCAAAUUCUCGACGAGCAGUCAGUCAGCACAUUCGAUCAAGCAGAGAGAGAAAAGAAGAGACGCUGGCGGUUAUCAAGAAGUAGGAAUGCCGACGGCGGCUCAUCCGCAGGUCUCACGUCGCCCCGCCUGGCCCUUGGACAGAAUGAUAAUGGUGAUGUCAGCAAUCUAUCAAUUUCCAGUUCCAGCCACAGACCUCGAAAAAGCGAGAGCUCAGAUCGACCUUACAUGGUUGCUGAAGGGCACGGUAGCUUUGACCAAGGCAGAGAGAGCGAUUCCAAGGGUCCCAUAGGAUGGAUCAGGAACAAGUACCGUGAAGCAAAAGAGAACGCAGAACAAAGGAGGGCUAAGUCUCCUCCUCCUGCUGAUCGUCCUGGCUUAGGCGCUUCAAGCUUCUCGCCUCCGCCGAAGAACAUGGAUGUGAACACGGAUGAGCAGCCUGCCUCACUUGCAGCCAUAGCAGCUGCCCCAACAGUUGCCACUACCAAUGCAGCGGCGCCACUAUCUACAGGCGCUGUCGCUCCUCAAACUACCACGUUGACAAUGGUACAACCCGAACCCACGUCACCUAUCCAGCAGCAGCAGGUGGAAACUCAAUCAUCGCCUGUAGCCCAAGCUCAGCCCGCCGUCCAACCUGUAGCUCCAGCACAAGAUCGAGCGCUCCCAGUCCAAGACCAGCCCCAAUCCCCCACUCAAGCUACGAUGGAAUCACCAAAGCCCCAUGCGCAGAAGAUCAGGUCCAUGCUUGACGUGGACACACCCCCGGUUUCGUCACCAUUGCAGUCUCCAACUUCGCCGUCAGCUCCUACCUUUAUGACCACGCAAACGCAGGCACAAAAAGAGUCCGAGUUACCAACAGAGUCGAAACCACAUGAGAAGCCCGCUGAGGCUAUCAAACAAACAGCUGUGGCAUCACCAGCGCAGCUCGAGCACCCCCAUACUGAGCAGCAGCCAAAGCCAGAGGCAGGAGCAGAAGCACCGAAACAGGAGCAAUAG